AUGGCAAACAAAUCAGCAACCUCUAGGAACAAGUUUAAGAAAGUACUUUCUUCAAAAACUCCUUAUUCGUUCAAGAACGACGGUCUGGACGUUUUACUAUACUUGACAUAUAUUAAGUUCUUGAACAGUUUGCAGAGCCGAGUAGAUGAGUUGAAGGAAGAGGCGGGAAGCCCUGAAAAUUUGGCAAUAUUUUAUAAACAGGCAGCUAGUGAGGUGUUGCCUAAGUUCAGGGGAUAA